CUCCCUGGAGAACUGACCAAUCAGGUUCUGAGACACGGAGAAGACCAGUCUCACAGGGAACUUGGCCUCUCAUUCCUGAGUCCUCAGCCUGUUUCUUCCAGAGGUCCUACAGUGGUCUGAGAGUUAACACACAUCCUGACAAACAGGAUUCUAAGGGCAUUGUGCAUUGUUGUAACUCCCUGGAGAAGUGACCAAUCAGGUUCUGAGACACGGAGAAGACCAGUCUCACAGGGAACUUGGCCUCUCAUUCCUGAGUCCUCAGCCUGUUUCUUCCAGAGGUCCUACAGUGGUCUGAGAGUUAACACACAUCCUGACAAGCAGGCUUUCUUGGUUGUCCCGAGGCCAUUGGAUAACACCAGUCAUGGAUAAAGAAAAGCCUGAAGCCAGACCCAGCCCGCCAGAACCUAACAUGGAGCUGAUCCCGUCCAGGGAGCUAAAAGGCCGCAAGCCUUCCAAUAAUAUACUGAUCUAUUUGAUUGAUAGGCAACUGGGGAGGCCCAGAAAUGAUGUGGAUUUGUUUGAAUGGAUUUGGACCAUAACAUAAGUACCCGCCCAGGGUAGAGUGGUCUUUGCCAAAAUUAAUGUUUACUUAUGACUACUGGAAAUACAUGUUUUAAAAAGGAGCAGAAUUGCAAGCCACUCUCACAUUCAAUCCAUUAAAUUAGUCUUCA